AAUAAUGUCCGACGCUCAAUAAUAAUGUCGAGCUCCUGAACGUGCUUGACACUGAUACUUUCCUUUUUUUGUCGAUACUCACGCAUCGAAUCGUAUUAUUGAGACAUUUACUCUCCGCGUAGCUCAACUUUAUAACGAUAUUCCCCACAGGAGCUACUCUUAGGUAGUUAAUGUUAGUGUGUAGCCACUGUAUGUAAACAAUGCGAUGAAGACGACAGAAGGUUCCGGUUGACACAGAAACAAUUUGGAGCACGAGCUGAUUAUCUUCUGUUCCAUCGAGAGCAGAAGUUCGUCACCGUCUCCUAUGGAGUCACUCAACACGUUUGAAUCUGAGAUAGAGACUGAUGGACAGGGGAACUACUCUCUGUUUCCUGCUCUGGACAGCAUUGCAAGUCUGUCUGGGACCAGUGAAACCCUGGAGAGUGAGCCACCCAGUGAAAUAGCAGAAAAACCAAACCUCACAUGGCUUGAUGCAGCACAGAUUGUCUUGGAGGAAGCAGGACGUCCCAUGCACAUAAAGGAGAUUAAACAGAGAAUCAUCGACAGGGGACUUGUUCAAUCCAAUGCAAAAUCAAGCCUGGAAGCGGUCAUGUACCGGGAGACACAAAAAGGCAGCAGGAGGUUCAAGAGGAUUGAGAACAGAAAUGGAGUCUUUGCACUGCUGACUGAUGAGGAGCGGCAGCAGGCCCUGCAGGCCUUCACUGCCCAGGCCUUCCUUGGCUCUCCGCAGCAGAAUACCAUCUCCAGUUCUGGCUCGGGUGCCUCGGUGCCUGCCUUCCCAUCCCCCACCAGUUCCUCUGACCAUAAGGCCAAGAUGAAGAGAGGCCCACGAAAAAACCAGAAUGAAAAGUACCGACUCAAGUACCUCAGGCUGCGCAAAGCUGCUCGUGCCAUGAUAUUUGAGAAUGCAGCUCUCUGCGAUGAAGUUGCCCACUUAGAAGAGAAGUUUCUGAGAGCAAAGGAGGAGCGGAGGUUUUUACUGAAGUCACUGUUGCAGUAUCAGUGUUUGUCGGAGGGGGAAAUACUAUCCACACCCAGCUCAAGUUCUCAUCCAACUGUGCCACCUGUGGCAUUAACCUCAGGUCCUGCAGGGGCUUCAGGCUUGUCUGGGGGGCACAACCUGACACCUGUGGUAUCAACAGGGGAAGAGGGACCUCUUAAAAAACCAAAGAAGGAAAGAAAAGAGCGAGGCAGGGAGAAUGGAAAGGAAGAACUUCCAAAGAAGAUGUCUAAGAAGAGAAAGCUAGCAGAUGGGUCUCGGAAACUGGUGCAGCCCAUCCCUCUGGACUCAUCUGGUCGUCCUGUUUUUCCCAUCAUCCUGGGAGGUUUAACAGUCUACAGUCUGGGAGAGAUCAUCACAGACAGAAUGUUGUUCCAUGAUGAGUGCGCCAUCUACCCUGUGGGCUUCUGCAGCACACGAAUCUUUGCCAGCAUGAAAAACCCCAACCAGCAGUGCCUCUACACCUGCCAAAUAAAGGACGGGGGAACAGGUCCACAGUUUGAGAUUGUGCCCGAAGAAGAUCCUCAGAAUGCCAUUGUGGCCUCCUCUGCCCUGAUGUGCCAUGCCAAUCUGCUGAAGGCCAUUGCAUCAGUCAGUUCCAAGUCUGUGGUACCAAUCGUGCCAUCAGGAGCUGACUUCUUUGGCUUCUCUCACCCCACGAUCCAGAAUCUCAUCCAGAGUUGUCCUGGAGCACGUAAAUGUAGCAACUACAGAUGGAUUCGUUUUGAGGUGUGUCGUCCUGGUGAUGGCCAGGUGCCUCACAGCCUAUCAGAGGAUGAUGCCUCUGUGAACUUUGAGGCCUACCAGAGACACCAGGGCUUUGAUGAGAACCUCAACAUGGAGCACAUAACAGGACAGACACCGCAGUCUCCUGGCUCUCAUCAGCACCACCUGACCUCCCCCGCCACGAAGCCCUCUACCUCGUAUUUCAACUCCUGAUCCCAGCGAAAUCACAGUCACACUUGAUUGUAAUCCUGGUGAACAUUCCUUCUUAUUUGCAAGACUUACACUUCUGAUUUCAAAAAUAUUAUCUCGGUUAAAUUAUUGAUGAAAUGGUGCCGUAUAAUAACUCUGACUUGUUAGGUAUUGUAUGCCACCUUUGAGCUAACCCCAGACAGCGUUACUGGGGAUGUGUGCUAGCAUGGUUGAUGCUAAUAUACUGGAUGAGGCUGGUGAAUUAGCUUUGUGCCCAAUUUGCCAAUAGCAACAUAAACCCACCACCUCUACUAAAAUUACAUUUCUGCUGUAUGUAUAUACCCCUGUGCUGGAUUUUAGAAAUGAAGUCCAAGUCAACAUGUUUAACAUAUAAUUAUACCAUUAUAGGAACUGGGCAUUAAAUAGAAAAACUGAAAAGGGGGGUUUCUGCUUUCCCAUGUGCAGGUUUUGGUACUUGGCAUACUAUUGUAUUGGUAUUGAAUACUGCAGGUACCUGGUUUACUGUUACAGUUAUAAAUCACUGUAGUUAACACUUUUUUUAAAAAACUGUUGAAAUAUUUAACAUUUGGAUUUAUUAGUAAUUUUGUCAUUAAUUUUGUUUCUGUUCACAAAUACACAAGCAUUGGCUUUGAAUGCAACACCCCGAUAAACUCAGUUGUUGAUUUGUGGUUUAUUUAUGAUUGAUUGAUUGAUUUAUUCUUUCAAACAUGCAGAACAGAACAAAU